CCUCACUGACACACCGAGCUGGAGGCAGAAGGGUUUGAUUCUAUCACUUCUUCCAACCACUCUUCCUCUUGCUAUUCCACCCUUUAUUUCUCACUCCCCAUCAUGAAGGAGAGAAGACUCCCCCAGCCUUUUGUAGCGAGGUGUAAACUGGUCCUGGUGGGAGACGUCCAGUGCGGGAAGACAGCGAUGUUACAAGUGUUGGCCAAGGACUGUUACCCAGAGACGUAUGUCCCUACUGUGUUUGAGAACUACACAGCCUGUCUGGAGCUUGAAGACCAGCGGGUGGAGCUCAGUCUCUGGGACACAUCAGGUUCUCCAUACUACGACAACGUCAGACCCCUGUGUUACAGUGACUCAGAUGCUGUGCUCUUGUGCUUUGACAUCAGCCGACCUGACACAGUCGACGGUGCCUUGAAGAAGUGGAAAGCAGAGAUCCAGGACUUCUGCCCGAGCACACGGAUCCUGCUAAUAGGCUGUAAGACAGACCUGCGCACGGACGUGUGCACACGCAUGGAGCUGUCCAAUCAGAAACAGAGUCCCAUCUCCCAUGAACAGGGCUCGUCCUUGGCCAAGCAGCUCGGAGCAGAGGCUUACCUGGAGUGCUCGGCCUUCACGUCAGAGAAGAGCAUCCACAGUGUUUUCCGUACCGCAGCUCAGGCGUGCAUGAACAAACUCAAGCCUGCCAGUAAACCCAGCCCCGUCCGCCGCCUAUCCAAGAGACUGCUCCACCUGCCCAGCAAGACAGACCUGCUCUCCUCCACCUUCAGCAAGGACAAGUCCAAGAGUUGCUCCAUCAUGUGAAAACUGCUGGGAUCAUGCUCAUAAAGCAAGGACAAGCAGACUACUGUAUACUGUAGCUGGUUCAGCAAAGGAUGCAGGGUGUGCAAGGGAGAGAGAGCAACGAUGUGGAUUUCUACAAAGCCCCUCUCUCUCCUUUGCAGCCCAAACUCCCUCAACAACUUCAAAACCAUCGCUACACUCUCUAUAUUCAACUCUGACACUGAGUUUUCUCACCAUGACCUGUCACCAGCAGUCAGCACAGAGACAGAGUGAAAAAUGUUUGAUGUUGAAAAUAUUUCUGAUCAAAUUAGAUAAUCUUGAACAAAGAUUAGGCACUUGAAGGUGCAGAGCUGUUCUCCUCACUUAAAGGUUGCCGUGAUGGAGUCAGCUCAAAUAAGUUCAGUGCCUCCUCUUUUCUCUGGGGGAAGUGGUUGUAAACACUGCAUUACCCUGAUGAGACCCAUUUGAAAUUCUGAGAGUGGAGCCCUUUCCCAUCCAUCUUUUCAUCUGAAUGUCUCCUUAAGGUCAGAACAUGGGCUGAGUGACUGGAUGAAAUGUAAAAUCUGACAUUGCAGGAUAGAAGCGGGCUGCGUAAUUUUAAACAGAGGCCCAGCCGAAAAGCUUGCAGUGUUUCGUUCUGGAACUAAAGCUGACAGUGGGGAAAGAGUGGUAGAGAGACGGGAGGGAUUUGGCAAGCAGAGUUUUCACUUGUGAUGGGAGUACGACCUGCGAGCACAUCUGAAGGAGCAACGUGACUUCACAUUCACAUGAGCCACUAAACAGCGUCGAGUGGACGUGCUGUGACAAAAGCAAACAGAAUCUGGGCCAUGAACAUGUUUUAUCAGAUCCCCCAUCACCACAGCAGGCUUAAUUGUUCAGUGUUAUUAACAAUAAGUUUUGAUUUUAGUGAUGUUGCAUCAAUGAUGCGUCAUCUAACUACUCCCUCCAGCUUUAGCAGCUUAAUGGAUAUCAGUUUUUAAUACAUGUUCCCGCAAAGAACUAAAUCAACAUUUCACAGUCUUUAAAAGAUAAAACAAUUGUUUCUUUUAUACAAGUCAAACUGAGGUGGGUUUAUUUUAAUCUACCAUAAAAGUUAUUUGUUUGAAUAUGCUGCCUCAUAGAUAUUUAAAGAGUAAUAGUCUGUAAAUUCGGACUCUCUGUGUCUAUGUGCUCACCAUGCUUCAACAAACUCCAGGUGCUGAUGCUGCUCAACCUGAGUAAUCAUCUUCUCUGCUUCACACAUUGUUCUUUUGCAAAACUUGGCACCUUCAUUACUUUGGGUGUGUCAUCCUUGUAGCAAUCUCAGAGCCCAUUGGCUAUCGACGAAUAACAAAUUAUCCUCUGCUUACAAUGGCCAAUAUUUUGGGGCCUCCAGUGUAGACAGCAGAUAUUUGGGCCAAGACUUGAUCUUCUAUUCACCCAAAACUCUGAGCACUCCAACUCAUUUCUUUUUGCACACAUAUUCACAUGGGAUAUUCAGGAUCUGUUUAUAGAAAUGAUGCUAGUAGUGGCUAAUGUAGCUUCGAGCUGCUAGCUUCAGGCGAAGAUGGCUACAGAGGUCUGAUAGGGUUUUUUUGACAUGCUGUUCGUAGUAGUAGUAUUCCCCAAGACUGGAAAACAUGUCAGGCUCUGAUGUGUAAAAUUGGUGGAGUUCAUUAACAGUUAAUAUAGAUGCUCUUGCAACCAAUUUCAGCCUUGAUGCAUUGUUGGCUUUAGAUUCCAAGGACUUGGAGUCGGACCCAACUGUGCAGAUUGGAACGAUUCAGUGACCGGAAACUGACAGAACGAGGGUGAAUAUGACUAAGACUAAAUCCCCUGACUUCAGUCUGUCAUUGGACCGUAAAUAUUGUAAUCAACAACUUAACGUCUUUGUUGAAACCUAAACUCUCACAUAUUUACCACAAUUUACACCUGAAUAUCAGUUCUUGUGUUUUCUUUGCAAGAUUGGCUGGUGUCACUGAGAGACUGCACCUGUCAACAAAUACUAACUUUAUCUAAAUCUCUAAUCCCAGCCAUAGUAGAUACUUAACUUGACCCCAAUCUUACCAUAAUCCUAACUAGUUGACUUGCCAAACCAUACCAAAGAUCUAACUGAGGAGGGUGCUACAAGAAACACAGUGUUAACAAUAGUGAAUGAUUAUGUGAAGGGGAACAGACUCUGACACAACACCGGCUCUGCCAUCACUCCACAAGCACAUUGUGUACAGCGUUAUACCAUUCUGGGUAUUACCAACUUCUCCAGGGGCUUAAAAUCUAAUUCCAACCACAUCUGCAUCAACACCCAAAAUGUCCCUGAGCUGACAGGAUGGGUUUUACAUUGAACUACAGGCCGGUCCUGUCUUAAGGUUUUUUCUUUCCGUCUUCCUUUUCUUUCUUUCUAUGCUUUAAAAUAUUUUUGAUUACAUCUCUCAACUUCCCUGCAAAGUAUUCCUGACAUUUUCCAUUUACAACAGCUUUUUUUCUGGAUGCUUCCUCUUGCUUGUGGCUGUCUUCAAUGGAUUUGUAGCUGUUGAUGUUGUUCUUGUAUUCGCUUGAGUCUUCUGGCAUUAGUGGCUGUUGACAGCUCAGCUAAUGGAGGACUUGAUGAUUUGUAGGUCUGCACCGAGAAACCCGGACUUCUCUGGAUGUACAGCACAUUGGAAUUUAAUGUGUUGCCUAGCAACAGUGCGAGCAGGACUCCUGUCUCCCAGAGAGAGGGAGGGAUGGCUCUCUGAGAGGGCGCCUCACCUUGUAGCAUUAGACAGAAGAGCCACAGCGAAGGUGAGGUUUUAAAUACCCCACACUGGUAGCAACGUGAGUGGGUUGUUGGAAAAAGCAGGUCAUCCAAAACAUUAUUUCCCUUGCUCUGUCCAGAGAAUCGUGUUAUCCUCAACAUCAAUUUACAUUUAGCAUUUCAGGGUUCGAUACAUAACAAGAUUCUUAAAACCACACAUAAUUAAAUGUAAUACUUUUUUCAUACCAAUAAAAGUAUGAAGGAAUAAUCGCUGACAGAAAAGAUAUAGACUCGAAUUGAUAGAUAAUAUGUCGCUUUAUUUUCCUGUUCGUCCCAGAAAAAUAUAUAAUGGUAGAAUUAAUACUAUUAAUAUGAUUUGUGACCUGGUAAGGAACAGAAAAUUAAUGGAUUGAAUAGUAAAUGAAAAAUGAUCGAAAGUUGUUGUAAAAGUCUCUGAGCUGAUGAUCUUCCUCACUACUGUAGCUAAAAGUGUGUUCUAACAGCCUCCUGCUGCACAGACCAUUGUCUUUAAAUGUCAUUUUGGUUUACAGGUCUGUAACUGAUAACUAACAGUCACUGCUGACUACAGCUGCCAUAAGACAAGAUUUAUGAUUUUUUUAAUAUAUUUAAUUAUCUUUAAUGUUUUGAGUAAAUAAAUUCAAUGCUUUUUAAGACUUUGCGAGACCUGCACAUGUCCUGAAUUUUACAGUUUCUCUCUUGCUCAUUUUGUUGAUGAUUUUUUGUACAUAUCCUUUUUCUGAAAUCCACGGGAAAGAAUGUUACUGGAGCAAAACAAAUGUUUUUGUCAAGUUGCCUGUUAAGGCUUAAAUCAUUGACUGAAUUCUGUAUUUGUUAUUGUCGUACAUCAUUUUCAUCUUUAAAUCUUUAUUUAAAUAAAUAUGUCUGAUGUUCAUUUGCAAA